GAUCGUUGACUCCGUAAGAGUUCAGAGUUCACGCCGAUGUCGUGUUGAUACUCCCCACCCACCAAAAGCGCUUUCGAUUUAAGCGGUUCUCCUACGAGCGAUGUGAUGACCUUCUUGCGGUUGUUCCUGCGGAGGCAGUUGCCCAUGGCCGCGUCACACUUGUCCCGCAUCGUCGCGAGACCGCCGCGGCCUCCUGGCGGCGCUCAGUCGGGCACCACGCGGCGGCAAUUUACGGAGAAGGGGCCGUGGGGGAAAAGCCCGUCAUCGGAGUUACCACCACAACAAUAUCAGCUCACUGCCCUUGACAAGGCAGACGCUUUGAUGCUGAGGAAGUCUCACGAAACAGGUUUUCUCUCGUGGUUCCGAAAUGGUCUGCUUGCAACGGGAAUCGGCGUCAUCGCUUUUGUGCAGAGCGAAGUGGGACGUGAGGCGGCCUACGCCUUCUUCAUCUUGGGCGGCGCCUGCGUGUCCUUCGGCGGCGCCUCCUACGUGGCCAGCCUCUUGACUCUGCGAAGGCUGAUGCUGCUCUCCGUGCCCGCCCUGCUGAUCCAGGGGGCCGUGGUGGGCAGCGUGGGUCUUUUCUGGCUGUGCGCCGUAUCCCUCUACAUCGGUCGCCUCGAGGUGGAGAUUAUCCACGAGGACGACGACGAGGGUGAAGAGUGCCAGGAGUGCCGGGAUCGACGCGAGCACGGUGGCUACCGAGGCCCACCCCACGACAGGAGGCACCCCAACGCCGAUGACGGGAAGAACAAGGGGGCCGACAAAUAGAAGUCUUCCAGUCUGUGUACGUGCAAAUGUGUGUCUGCAUGUUUGAAUGCAGGCCGUGCAUCUCACUACAAGCAAACCUAAAUGUGGGUGUUAAAAGGGCCAAAGCCAACUAUGGACUUAAAUUACAGGGCCCCUUUUUUUACUAGUUACCCCACGCAUCAUUAUCUACACUCUCAGGCCACAAUGUUAGGUACACUUGCACAAUCUAAUGAGAUUCAUUACAAAUCUCAUUUUUUUGUGGUGGAGUGAAAUAUUGUACUCAAAGCACUUCUGUUUCUGAUGCAGAAAAAUGUGACCAUUAACAUCAAAAUGUACUGGUUAAUUCGACAUAAAAUCUUUGACGUGUCAAAAAUGAGAAUAUGCAUGUACAGUGGAUUAGAAAAUUCCACGCACCCCUAUUUAAAUAUCCAUUUGUUGUGGAAAAACAAUUUGACCAAGAUAAGUGAUUUAAAACCUAUUGUGCCCCAUAAACUGUACAAUUAAAUAAAGCGAAAGAGAGGGGAAGUAAAAAUCAAUAGCUGAGAUAAUGGGGUUGUACAAGUGUAUGGUACAUAUGCCAUUACCAUUCAUCUUAAAAUUCAUAUUGUGAAUCAGCACACACCUGCCACAUUUUAAGGUGUCUGAUUAAUCUCAAAUUUAUUACAAAUGUACUCGUAGGCUUUUCCUGAGGUUUUUUUUUCUGUCACUGACUGCUAUUUGGAACUGUUCAUAAUUAGUUUCUGACCAGAAGACAUUUGACGACAUGUGUUGGGAUUUUUUUUUUUAUGUCAGUGUUGGCACAAAACUUUUAGGCUUCUGCUGGCAAGCAAAAAAAAAAAAAAAAGUUACCAAAGGCCAACUAGAACAGGUGAAUAUUAUUUUGAAUGUCAUUGUUAAUUCUGGCCACUAACUCGCCGAAUUACAUAAUUUUAUUUUUAAUUCCCCUUGCUCAAUACAGUUGAGUUGAGUUGAAAGAUUUUUUAAAAAUUGUACUUUUAUGUUUAACGUUUUUGGUAGAGGAAAGGUUGAAAUGGUUUAUCUUGGUCUCAUUUAUUGAUCUCACAAAAAUCUGGCAUUUUUGUACACUUUUGAUAGCCACUCGAGAUUGUAAAGUCAUACCUAAACGGUGUCCUGUUGGUGCAGUUAUGUUUACUAUGCUGUUCCGUUCAUGUGAGCUUGUGGGUGGAUUGUUAUUUGUAAAUGCGAUUCAACAAGGGCUUACAGCAACUUUUUUUGUUUUAAUGCUAGAGUACGCAUUUUCUUUUUCAAACAAUUUUAGCACUUUGUUUAGCUCCUGUUGUAUAGUCAGUUUUUUUUCUCAGUGCAAAUUGUAAUAAAACAUUGAAUUACAGUUAAGAAAGUGCAGUCUUGCAAUUUCUCAGAUGGUGGUUGUACAUGGUGGCUGGGGAUUUAUUUGUAUUUAUUGUUUACUGGUUGGUGUACACUCUUCCUGUCAGUGUACACGUCAUAAAGUGAAAUAAAACAUUACAUGAGCGAA